AUGGCGGAUGGCGAGGAGCCAAUGGCUGUUGAUGGUGGGUGUGGGGACACUGGAGACUGGGACGGUCGCUGGAACCAUGUAAAGAAGUUCCUCGAGCGAUCUGGACCUUUCACACACCCUGAUUUCGAACCCAGCACUGAAUCUCUCCAGUUUUUGUUAGAUACAUGUAAAGUUCUAGUCAUUGGAGCUGGCGGCUUAGGAUGUGAGCUCCUGAAAAAUCUGGCUUUGUCUGGUUUUAGACAGAUUCAUGUUAUAGACAUGGACACUAUAGAUGUUUCCAAUUUAAAUAGGCAGUUUUUAUUUAGGCCUAAAGAUAUUGGAAGACCAAAAGCUGAAGUUGCUGCAGAAUUUCUAAAUGACAGAGUUCCUAAUUGCACUGUAAUUCCACAUUUCAACAAGAUCCAGGAUUUUAAUGACACGUUCUAUCGACAAUUUCAUAUAAUUGUAUGUGGACUGGACUCUAUCAUAGCCAGAAGAUGGAUUAAUGGCAUGCUGAUAUCUCUUCUCAAUUAUGAAGAUGGUGUAUUAGAUCCAAGCUCCAUUGUCCCUUUGAUAGAUGGGGGAACAGAAGGUUUUAAAGGAAAUGCCCGGGUAAUUCUGCCUGGAAUGACUGCUUGCAUUGAAUGCACACUGGAACUGUAUCCGCCACAGGUUAAUUUUCCCAUGUGCACCAUUGCAUCGAUGCCCAGGCUGCCGGAACACUGUAUUGAGUAUGUCAGGCUGCUGCUGUGGCCGAAGGAGCAUCCUUUCGGAGAAGGGGUUCCAUUAGAUGGAGAUGAUCCUGAUCACAUUCAGUGGAUUUUCCAAAAAUCCCUAGAGAGAGCAUCACACUAUAAUAUUAGGGGUGUUACUUAUAGACUCACUCAAGGGGUAGUAAAACGAAUCAUUCCUGCAGUAGCUUCCACAAAUGCAGUCAUUGCAGCUGUGUGUGCCACUGAAGUUUUUAAAAUAGCCACAAGCGCAUAUAUCCCCCUUAAUAAUUACUUGGUAUUCAAUGAUGUAGAUGGACUGUACACAUACACAUUUGAAGCAGAGAGAAAGGAAAAUUGUCCAGCUUGUAGCCAGCUUCCGCAAAAUAUUCAGUUUUCUCCAUCAGCAAAACUACAGGAGGUUUUGGAUUAUCUAAUCAAUAGUGCUUCUCUACAGAUGAAAUCUCCAGCCAUCACUGCAACAUUAGAGGGGAAAAAUAGAACCCUUUACUUACAGUCAGUCACCUCUAUUGAAGAACGAACAAGGCCAAAUCUCUCCAAGACAUUGAAAGAAUUGGGACUUGUUGAUGGACAAGAACUGGCAGUUGCUGAUGUUACCACACCACAGACAGUACUAUUCAAGCUUCAUUUUACUUCUUAA